GUGCCAAUGAUUUUGGUUAUUUAUAAUAAUAUUUAACAAACCAAUGAGGUUUUCAAACCGAUAUUGGUUUAUCAUUAGUGUCAAGAUAAUUCGAGUCGACUGUUUUUUCUUCGCCGGGAUAAUAAACAGUUUUAGAGAUUGCGGGCCCGAAGUUGGACCACCAUCCCCACCAUUUCUUGGUCCCUUUCUUGGGUAACGUCGCGCGCGUCACGCGACAAGCUGAUCUAACAGCGAGAGUGGGGAUCGCCUGCUAAAGGAGAUUCGUGGAUAUUCCAGCUAAUAUGCUGGUAGAAGGGGUAGAGAAACCGUCGUAGGGCCUUCUUUCUUCUGGCAACUAUUUUCGGCAUUCGACAGUGGCAACGACAGAUGAGUGGUAGCGGCAGCGGCAAUUGAAUUUCGAAACUCUUCGAAGUCGGAUCGCUGUUUCUUGGGAUUUCUAGACCCAGAGUGUUUUAUUUGCACGUUGUUCAUUCGCGAAUUGAUCGCGAAAGUUCCGUGAUUCCGUUCAGUUUUAUUUUUUUGUUAUCUUUCGGUAAAUUUCGCUCACGAUGCAUGACUUGACCGCAUUGAAUGUUUCGGAAGAAAAGAAGAUACCAAUCUUUUAUCCUUUAAAUGAUAGUCUGGAAGAGGAGAUGAGGCGAUUAUUGGGGUGGUACUCUUUCGAGCCUAGUACCGCGACACCAUCGAAUGUUGCAAAUGUGAUGGAGGAGUUCAAACAGAACGGAAAGGACUACGAGUAUUGCCCAGAUGUGGGCGAUAAUCAAAAGAGUCUGAUAACUCCACGCCGAAAAAAGAACAAAAAGCCUUUACCUGUAGAAUGCGUGUUCUGCAAAAAUAAUGGCGAGAUGGAGAUAUUUUAUAAGAGUCACGUGCUACGGGAUACAACAGGACGUGUCACUUGUCCGGUUUUGAGGGCAUAUACGUGUAAGAUCUGUGGUGUGAACGGAGACGAUGCCCACACCAAGAAUUACUGUCCAAAGCGGCCGACGAAUAAUAAUCAAAUGUCACCGGCGAACGCAUUCAAAAUGCUCAGGAAUUCAACGGGCAAACGACGCAAAUAAAUUCCACGUACGCAACAAAACUAUGGACUUCUCCGUUUCGAAUUGGAAGCUGUCGACUUAUUCCAGGGAAAUAUAUUUUACGCUUUCUACACUUUUAUCUAGUUUAUAUUAGAGUCCUAAUUAUAUCUGAUAGUUAUAUCUAGAGUUGUAUUAGUAUCUAGUUAUAUCUAAUUUAUAUUAGUUCCUAUGAGAUCAGUAUUAACAUCGGCCAAAGUGUAAAAUAAGUAUAGACUAAGAGAUUUUUCGACAAAUUUUUACAUAGUUGUAUGCAAACUACUGAUUAAAAUAGAUAAUAUCUGUCCAUAACUAUGAUAAUGCAAAUGAAGACUUAACUGCACCGAGGUAACCGUUUAAUUAUGCUCAAUUACUCUGUCAGUUUCUUCAGAAUUGUAUAAAUAUUUCAUUUCUAUGAGAUUGUUCAUCGAUUAAAUGCGCAGCGUGGCGAGAUCUGACGAACUUAAUUUCACGACGAAUGAUAAUUAUAGACGAUCCUCGUUUAUUUUCAAUGUAUCUACGAAUCAGAAGGAUAUGCUCAUAAGUAUUGUUUGCUUUGAUUUUAGUAUUGCACGACGCGCUCGCUACGUUCGCGCAUUUUAAACUAUAUUGUGCUAUAACUGCUAUAUUGUAUUUUUAGUAU